UCAAAUAGGUUGUCAGACUUCAACUGGUUGUCAAACGUCAAAUAGGUUUUAAAUUUUCAAUUUUUAGACAUUACAUAUUACAUUAAGAUUUCGUAGGGUUAGAUUAUAAUAAAUAAUAUUUGGAAAGGGUUUAUGUACAUACUUAAGUUUUAAAUGUCCGAAAAAGAUUAUGCCCCGCUCAGUACGGCAUGUGUCCGAGCUUUACAUGACAAAUUGUAUGACAGGCGUAAAACUGCUGCUUUAGAAAUUGAGAAGAUGGUAAAAGAAUUUUCCGCUGUUAAUAAUACUGGUCAAAUUAAAAGGCUCUUGAAGGUGUUAGGGCAAGAUUUCUCCCUAUCACAAAAUCCACAUGCAAGAAAAGGGGGCCUAAUUGGACUGGCAGCAAUAGCGAUUGCCUUAGGGAAGGAUACAGAGCUUUAUGCUGACGAAUUGAUCAAGCCGAUUCUGGGAUGUAUGGCAGAUCAAGAUCUGAGAGUUCGAUAUUAUGCUUGUGAAUCAUUAUACAAUGUAGUUAAGGUCUCUCGAGGAGCAGUUCUACCACACUUUUCUGCAAUAUUCAAUGCCUUAAGUAAAAUUGCAACUGAUCCUGAUCAGAAUGUCAAAAAUGCAUCUGAACUACUCGAUCGUCUUCUGAAGGAUAUUGUUGUUGAAAGUGCUUCAUUUGAUUUAGAUGGCUUUAUUCCUCUGUUGAGAGAAAGAAUUUAUACGAAAAAUGCUUUUUCAAGACAAUUCAUCAUCUCAUGGAUAUCAGUUUUGAAUACAGAGCCAGGUUUAGACUUGAUAAAUUAUUUGCCAGAAAUUUUAGAUGGUUUGUUUAGGAUUCUAGAUGAUACCAGUUUAGAAGUGAAAAAAAUGUGUGAAACAACUCUGGGUGAAUUUUUGAGAAGCGUGAAGAGUGAUCCCUCCAGAGUUGACUUUGGAGCUAUGAUCAAUAUAUUGAUUAAUCAUGCUCAGGAGAAAAGUGAUGAUUUAGUACAGUUCACGGCAAUAACUUGGAUUAAAGAAUUUGUCCAAUUAUCCGGACCAAAAAUGUUUCCCUAUAUGUCAGGAAUUUUUACAGCAGUUCUACCUUGUUUGGCAUAUGAUACAGAGGCUCGGAGAA